AUUUUCUUUCCACAACCAAACAAACACAUACACGUCUAGUCUCGAAAACGAUGAUUUAGCGGCCCCGAACAAAACCCUAGUUUCUUGUCGGUGUCAUCUUGUCUUUGAAAAACACACAUCUCUGUUUUCUUCGUCAUUUUUCUCAUCCCAAUAUGCACCCUUCUUUUUCGCAUUGAUUCUUCUUUCUUUGAAGCUCUCUCAGGAGCGCUUCCAAUUUCUCACACCUCUUUACUCAGAUUUUUCUUGUUCAUUAUUAUGUGUUGAAGUGCUACUUGGAUUGAAUUGCAUAUGUUGGCGAAAGCUUGUGAAAAGGGGGAUGGAUCUAAGUCCCUGGGUAAGAUACUGGCAAGAUGGAGGGAAUAUAAUGCCCAACUUGAUGCCGGCAAUGAUGCGAAUAAGCCUGUUCGCAAAGUUGCAGCCAAAGGAUCGAAGAAAGGGUGUAUGAAAGGUAAAGGAGGGCCGGAAAACUCCCGGUGUAAUUAUAGAGGUGUGAGACAAAGGACUUGGGGGAAAUGGGUUUCUGAAAUCCGUGAGCCGAAUCGAGGGAGUAGGCUAUGGCUAGGUACUUUUACCACCGCCAUUGGUGCUGCUCUUGCUUAUGACGAGGCAGCCAGGGCAAUGUAUGGUUCUCGUGCGCGUCUCAACUUUCCUAAUGUUUCGGUUACUAGAUUCUCUGAUGAAUCUCCAAACGAUUCUCCAGAUGCAAAUCACUUGGCAGUAUCAACAAAUACCGAGUCCAUGAUAAUACCAGAUAACUCAGGGAUAGGAGUAGAAGACAGUAAUGAUAUGGAACCAACUUCCUUAUGCUUAAGUAUAAAGCAGGAGAAUGAGGAAGGUGAGUCGGAGAUAAAUUAAUCGGUUCCUUGUUGAUGAUGUACAUUUUGCUUACAGGGAUUUUGAAAUGGCAUGAAUAUUUAGCUCUUGUACUUGCUAAUGAUCAACUUAGGAGUAAUGAAUCUCGAUGUUUCGUCCUUUUGAUUAGCUGUUGCAAUAAUUUGUAAAACUAAAAUGAACUUGGUUGGAAAGUAGCCUUAUGCACUCUUAAUAUUCAGUCAAGUUUUAACUUAUAAGAUGUGAAAUGUAUUCUACAUUUCUUCUCCAUUUUGUUUUUGCCUCUAGGUAUACACUUUACACUGCAUAAUAACUUGUGAUCUGCCCUGGUAAAGUUAUCCACUUAUACUUGA